AUGGAAAGUCUUCAGUCCAAUUUACCGCAUCCUCAAAUUAUUUCUGAUUCUGGAGAAUCACGAUUCAACCAGCUAGAACGCACAUUGGAACAGUUUCAGGAACUGGAUCAAAUGCGAAGUCAGUUCAUGGAUGUGAAAGUUCCACUAGAGCUCCUCGAUGUGUUAGAUCAAGGUAAUGUAUUACUUUGUGAAGCCCUCACACACUUUUGCUGUUUCAGGGAAAACAAUCCACAAGUCAAGUAUUUUCUCCACAGGACCUACACAGAAUGUGAUCCUUUCAUAGUUGGAGAGUAUACCUGGCUCCGCCAUCGUAAAAAGCGUGCAUCUUGGCGAUCGAAACAUCAAGUGCUUUCAAUGAUAGAAGAAAUGGCGAUUGGAGGAGAUUAUCGUCCAGGAAUGAAGCGCGGCGUGAAUAGGCGUCUCCCGCGUGGCCAGGAGUUAUGGGACACUGAAACAAUUGGACAUGAUAUUUUCAAGGUACACAGUAAGUGGAAGGCUGAUGAAGAAGAUUUGGACAUGCCCCAGUCACAUAAACAUCCAAAUUUUGUAUAUAGGAAAUAUUGA